AUGGGACCCAAACCAUACGCUGUGCUUCAUGAUUUGACGGCACCGGACCUUCCUGGCGGAAAAACAUACGCUCAACUUGUUGAAAUUCUCGGAGGGCACUUUGACCCACAACCCCUACAGAUAGCAGAACGAUUCAGAUUUCAUAAAAGGGAUCAGAAGGAGGGGGAACCAAUUCGGGAAUUCAAUGCGGCGAUUCGUAAGCUGAGUGAACAUUGCGGAUUCGGAGCGGUAUUAGAAGAAACCUUGAGGGAUAGACUAGUAUGUGGUCUAAGAAAUGAACAAAUACAAAGGAAACUUUUGUCAGAGGAUGGCCUCACCUACAAAAAUGCACUCGAUAUUUCCAUCGCCAUGGAAACUGCUUCGAGGGAUGCCAUAGAACUCCAGAAAGAGAAACAACAGUCGGUUAAUAAAAUAAAUAAAUUCAAACAGAAUAACAACAGGAAACACAUGAAUAAGAAAAAAGGUUCAACUGAACAUAAAGGAACCUCAGGCUCCUGUUUCCGAUGUGGGGGAACAAACCACACCGCUGCUGAUUGUUAUUUUAAGGAGUCGCUAUGCCACGGUUGUAAGAAAAAGGGACACAUAAAGAAGGCAUGUAUGGAAAAACAAUUCAAGAAGGGUAAAGUUUACUCGCUCAAUUAUGAGGAUGAUGAUGAGGAAACAUUGUUGGGAAGUUUUACAGUGAAAAACCUCAACUCUGAUGUUAUAUGGGUCAACCCGGAAGUAAAUGGUAAACUCAUCAGUAUGGAGCUGGAUAUUGGAUCUCCAGUAACUAUUGUACCUGCCUCGGUGUAUAGAAAACAUUUUAAAGAUCAUGAACUAGAGACAACAACACUGAAACUUAUCACGUAUGCAGGGGAGGCAAUCAAUCCACUGGGUCUUUUACAGGCUAGAGUCAAAUUAAAUGGACAGACAGCAGUACUUCCGAUACAUGUCGUAAGUGACAAAUAUGUAAAGGAUCAGAACUUGCUGAAACAGAAGUACGCGAGUGUAUUUAAAGAGGAACUGGGCACACUUAAGGACAUUACAGCCCAAAUUAAAGUCAAACCUGGGUCAGAUUCAAAAUUCUGUAAGGCUAGAACAGUGCCUUAUGCUAUAAAACCUAAGGUGGAAGCAGAGCUGUUGGGGCUUGUCAGCACAGGGAUACUCAAGAAAGUAGAAACGAGUGAAUGGGCUACCCCCAUUGUGCCGAUUCCCAAGAAAGAUGGUUCGGUAAGGAUCUGUGGGGAUUUCAAAGUAACAAUUAACCCUGUCCUAGAUGUGGAUCAAUAUCCACUACCCAAAAUUGAAGAUAUUUUCGCGUCCUUGGCGAGAGGUAAACAAUUUACAAAGCUAGACCUAAAACAGGCCUAUCUCCAAAUGGAAGUGAAAGAGGAAGAUAGGAAAUUUCUUACUAUCAACACUCAUUUGGGAUUGUUCCAAUAUCAACGCUUGGUUUUCGGAAUAGCGUCAGCCCCGGCUAUUUGGCAGCGUGCCAUGGACCAGGUGUUACAAGGGAUAUCAGGAGUACAGUGUAUCCUGGACGACAUGAUUGUCACAGGCGGAACACGAGAUGAACACAUGCAAACCCUAGAAACAGUACUCCAACGGUUAGACACAUUUGGGUUAAGACUGAACAAUGAAAAAUGUGCAUAUAUGCUGGAUACGAUCGAAUUUUGCGGACAUGUAAUCGAUAAAGAUGGUAUACACAAAACUGGAGAAAAGGUGGAUGCUGUGGUAAAUGCACCUAAUCCUACAAAUGUGAGUGAACUCAGAGCUUUACUAGGAUUAGUGAACUAUUAUGCAAGAUUUCUACCUAAUUUGGCUACUGUGCUGAGACCCCUACAUCAACUGCUGGAAGAAGAUGUUGAAUGGAAAUGGACGGAUGCGUGUGAAAAGGCUUUGAGAACGGUAAAACAAAUGAUGACAUCACAACAAGUGCUGAUGCACUAUGAUCCGAAACUACCAGUUGUAUUGUCAUGUGACGCCUCACCUUUUGGACUUGGCGCUGUUUUGUCACAUCGCCUGGAGAGUGGUGAUGAAAAGCCCAUUGCAUACGCUUCACGGAGUCUGUCAACAGCUGAAAAGAACUAUUCUCAAAUAGAUAAAGAAGCUUUGGGAAUUGUGUGGGGAGUUAAAAAGUUCUAUCUGUAUGGCCGGAAAUUUACCUUGAUAACAGAUCAUCAGCCACUGGUUUCGAUAUUUCACCCUCAGAAAGGUAUUCCAGCCACGACAGCAGCACGACUUCAGAGAUAUGCAUUAUACCUAUCAGGGUUCCAGUAUACUAUCGAAUUUAAGGGAACGAAGCGCCAUGGAAACGCCGAUGGUUUGUCUCGCCUACCCCUACAACAAGGUGGAGAGUUUCAAGAAUCGGACGUCGACGUAGCACAUGUAUUUAUGAUGUCACAAUUCGAGAAUUUGCCGGUAUCAGUUCAGGAGGUUCGGCAAGCCACCAGGAGAGACCCCACACUAUCACAAAUAUUAAACAUGGUUAUGAAUGGCUGGAAUAGAGACGUCAAGGCUGUGCCAGACCUGGCUGCUUAUUUCAGUAGAAAGUCUGAAUUAACUGUACACGAAGGCUGUGUAAUGUGGGGAAUACGCGUGGUAAUUCCUGAAAAACUGAAACCUAAGGUCAUGGAUCAAAUUCAUGAAGGUCAUCUUGGUGCGGGCAAGAUGAAAUCACUCGCGCGAAGUUAUGUAUGGUGGCCAGGGAUUGACACCGACUUAGAAAAUCAGGCUAAUAAAUGUCAUGGAUGUGUAUUGCACAAGAAUAACCCUAAUGCUGCGCCAGUACAUGUACAUCCAUGGGAGUGGCCACAGCGACCUUGGCAACGCGUUCAUGCCGACUUUGCCGGGCCAUUUGAAGGCAGUAUGUUCCUUCUAAUGGUGGAUGCUCAUUCCAAAUGGCCGGAAGUAAUACCUAUGACAACAACGACAGCAUCAAAAACAAUUGAUGUUAUGCGUGAGAUCUUCGCUCGACAUGGACUGCCAGAGCGAUUGGUUACGGACAAUGGCCCACAAUUUGUAUCUGAAGAAUUUCAGCAAUUCAUGAGAUUCAAUGCGAUACGGCAUACCACAUCAGCUCCGUACCACCCCCGUACCAAUGGUCUAACGGAGCGUUUGGUGCAAACGUUCAAACAGGCCAUGAAGGCUUCAAGGAAAGAUGGAGGAACACUUAAUAAGAAAUUGAGUAAUUUCCUGCUUGCCUACCGUUCGACACCACACACCACUACGAACGAGACCCCGGCACAUCUAUUCCUUGGAAGAUGA